AUGACUCGUUCUUUCUUUCGCAAAUUGCUUACAUACUUGUUAUCUGAUGAUGAGUUAGAUGCUGUUAUUAAUGCCAAGGCUGAUGGAGAGUUAUCCAGGCAUUGUGGCAAUCGCCAACGUCAAAAUCCAGUAUAUCCUUCCAAUCUAUUUCGAAUGAGAUUUCGGAUGAGUCGUGCCCUAUUUCUCCGUAUUCUAAAUGAGGUAGAGGCUUACGAGCCCUACUUCGUCCAGAGAAGAGAUAAUGCUGGAAGACUCAGUUUAUUUUCUAUGCAAAAGAUAACCGCAGUACUUAGAAUGCUGGCCUAUGUGGUUACUGGAGAUUUUAUGGAUGAAUACAUACGUAUUGAAGAAAGCACAGGAUUCCCAGGAAUGCUGGGAAGCAUUGAUUGCAUGCAUUGGAAGUGGAAAAAUUGUCCCGCCGCUUGGAAAUGUAUGUACUCUGGCCACAUUCGUGAACCAACUAUUAUUUUAGAAGCAGUUGUUUCAUAUGAUCUCUGGAUAUGGCAUGCAUUUUUUUGUAUGCCCGGUUCACAUAACGAUAUUAAUGUGCUAGAGAGAUCUUUUAUUUUCACGGAACUUGCCCAAGGGCGUGCUCCACCAGUCAAUUACACAAUCAAUGGCAACGACUACACUAUAGGGUACUACCUUGCCGAUGGUAUUUAUCCCAAGUGGCCAACGUUUGUGAAGACGAUUCUAUCACCCCAAGGGAAUAAGAAGAAAAAUUUUGCCACAGCACAAGAAUCUGCAAGAAAAGAUGUCGAGCAUGCCUUCGGGGUACUUCAACAAUGA